CUUUGGAACAACAACCAUUCGCAUAAAAUGGGAACCCGUAAAAAAGGAGUGGAAUUUGCUAAGCACAUUACGGAUAUCAUAACCAAAUCCACGGGCUUUGAAAGUCGCCUUCAUAAGAUACAAAUUUUGGAUGGCGGCGAUGGAGCCUGUACUGCCGAACUGAAAGUGGACCAGGAUCAUGUGAACUGGUAUAAAACCCUGCAUGGCGGCUAUAUCAUGACCUUGGUGGAUAAUAUAACCACCUAUGCCCUGAUGUCCAAGCCCUGUCAUCCUGGAGUUUCGGUGGAUGUGAAUUUAAGCUUUUUGAAUGGCGCCAAAUUGGGUGACGACGUGGUGAUUCAGGACAAUCUUUCGAGGGUGGGAAAGUAUUUGGCCUUCAUUGACUGCACGCUGAAGCACAAAAAAGAUGACACGCUCAUAGCCAAGGGAACCCAUCUGAAAUACAUAAAACUUGACUAAAUUUAAGAGGUUCCGUUGAA